CCCUCUUCUAUAUCAUCCCAUUUGAAAUCAAAAUCAAAAACACCAAAUCCUCUAAUUCAAGUUUGUACUAAGUUUUCCUGAGAAAAUGUCUGGUCGUGGAAAGGGUGGAAAGGGUUUGGGAAAGGGAGGUGCCAAGAGGCACAGGAAGGUUCUUCGCGACAACAUUCAGGGCAUUACGAAACCUGCGAUUCGUAGGUUAGCGAGAAGAGGUGGCGUGAAGAGGAUCAGUGGUUUGAUCUACGAGGAAACCAGAGGGGUUCUGAAGAUAUUCUUGGAGAACGUGAUUCGCGAUGCUGUGACUUAUACCGAGCACGCUAGGAGGAAGACGGUUACUGCCAUGGAUGUUGUUUAUGCUCUCAAGAGACAGGGAAGGACCCUCUAUGGCUUUGGGGGCUAAAGAGUUGUUUUUCUUGUUGUCCCAUGUGCUCAUUUUCUUGGAUGCUGAAGAUGUUUAGGUUCAUUUUGUAACAUAGGAUGCUUGUUCAGUUUAAUUUUGGAUGUAAAAUGUUGAACUAUGAUUGAAAUUAUAUGGACUAAUUUUUUGUUGGUGGAAGUAUAGCUUGGAAUGGCCUCACAUUGUUUGUUUGAUAUUAGGAAAAUAUUGCAGUGAAUUAUGAAAUGUUUUGACAUGGAAAACCGAAUUUAGUAAUCUGAUAGUUGGCUUGUUUCCUGCAA